CUGACACGACUUAUGUAAAUAAGUUAUUGUCAACUAUUAACAGACAGAGUUUAUGUAGGUAACAGACUAUCCAAACAAGAGACAGGAAAAAAAAAAAAAAGAAUGAGAAAGAAGAAAAGGGGCAAUUUAUAUUUUGUUCUUGAUACUCAUAAUAACUGGGUUGAAAGACAAUGAGAUUUCCUUUAAUAGGGAAAGAUAAUAGUUUUACUUCAGAUAAAUAAUGGUCUUAGCAAGAUUUAAAGCAAUUUCUGGCAACUUUUUAAUCAAAAAGCUGAUGCUAGCAGUUUAAGGGGUUUGAUCUCUGAACCCUUCCUCUUGGUUUUUCUCAUGAGUCUGAUAUAGAAAGUAAGAAAGCUCUGUGAUCUGAAAAGCCUUACAUUUGACCCUAACAUAGUCUUGCUAUGUUAUAGAGUUUUCUCUUUAUUAAAAAACACACCUGAAUUUCAGGCAUUUCAGUUUUAAGUUUGAACAUGGUUAAUUUGGGCCACUCCCCCAACACACAAAAUGAGCAGGCUCUGAACCGUCUUCCAAAUCAAGGGAACAGGGUAAUUCUGCUGUGUGCUAAGGCAGUAUAAACCGGUCUCAGUUUCAGUUCUCGUUGCAUGAUGGAAUUUGAACAUUACCUCAAGAGGUUUUAUGUUUUGGAUUAGCUAAUUGUGUUUGUCCUCUGCUGACUGUUCCUUCGGACUCACUUUUUGGUGUCCUUUUGAGGCAAUAAACCCAAAGGGAUUAUACCAUGGACUACAAGGAAAGCUGCCCAAGUGUCAGCAUUCCCAGCUCUGAUGAACACAGAGAGAAAAAGAAGAGGUUUACUGUUUAUAAAGUUCUGGUCUCAGUGGGCAGGAGUGAGUGGUUUGUCUUCAGGAGAUAUGCAGAGUUUGACAAGCUUUACAAUACUUUGAGAAAACAAUUUCCUGCUAUGGCCCUGAAGAUUCCUGCCAAGAGAAUAUUUGGUGAUAAUUUUGAUCCAGAUUUUAUUAAGCAAAGAAGAGCAGGACUGAAUGAAUUCAUUCAGAACUUAGUUAGGCAUCCAGAGCUUUACAACCAUCCAGAUGUCAGAGCAUUCCUUCAAAUGGACAGUCCAAAACAUCAGUCAGAUCCAUCUGAAGAUGAGGAUGAAAGAAGUACUCAGAAGCUACAUUCUACCUCACAGAACAUCAACCUGGGACCAUCUGGAAAUCCUCAUGCUAAACCAACAGACUUUGAUUUCUUAAAAGUUAUUGGAAAAGGCAGCUUUGGCAAGGUUCUUCUUGCAAAACGGAAACUGGAUGGAAAAUUCUAUGCUGUCAAAGUGUUACAGAAAAAAGUCGUUCUCAACAGAAAAGAGCAAAAACACAUUAUGGCUGAACGUAAUGUGCUCUUGAAAAAUGUGAAACAUCCAUUUUUGGUUGGAUUACAUUAUUCUUUCCAAACAACUGAAAAGCUUUAUUUUGUUCUGGAUUUUGUUAAUGGAGGGGAGCUGUUUUUUCACUUACAAAGAGAACGGUCCUUUCCUGAACAAAGAGCUAGGUUUUAUGCUGCUGAAAUUGCCAGUGCUUUGGGCUACUUGCACUCCAUCAAAAUAGUGUACAGAGACUUGAAACCAGAAAAUAUUCUUCUGGAUUCAGUAGGACAUGUUGUCUUAACAGAUUUUGGGCUUUGUAAAGAAGGAAUUGCUAUUUCUGACACCACAACAACAUUUUGUGGGACACCAGAGUACCUUGCACCCGAAGUGAUCAGAAAACAGCCCUAUGACAAUACUGUAGAUUGGUGGUGCCUGGGUGCUGUUCUGUAUGAAAUGCUGUAUGGAUUGCCUCCUUUUUAUUGCCGAGAUGUGGCUGAAAUGUAUGACAAUAUUCUUCACAAGCCCCUAAGUUUGAGGCCAGGAGUGAGCCUCACAGCCUGGUCCAUUCUGGAAGAACUCCUAGAAAAAGACAGGCAAAACCGACUCGGUGCCAAAGAAGACUUUCUUGAAAUUCAGAAUCAUCCCUUUUUUGAAUCACUCAGCUGGACUGAUCUUGUACAAAAGAAGAUUCCACCACCGUUUAAUCCUAAUGUGGCAGGACCAGAUGACAUCAGGAACUUUGAUGCAGCAUUUACAGAAGAAACAGUUCCAUAUUCCGUGUGUGUGUCUUCUGACUAUUCCAUAGUGAACGCCAGUGUCCUGGAAGCAGAUGAUGCAUUUGUUGGUUUCUCUUACGCACCUCCUUCAGAAGACUUAUUUUUGUGAACACUUUGCCACCCAGAAAUCAUUGAGCAAAUACAAGCCUACGGAUGAGACUGAAACUCCUGUUUGUGUGAAUAUAUUCAAAUAUGUUUAACUAGUGCCUCAUUUUUACAUGUAAUGUUAAAAACUAUGAAAAAUGUAUUUUCUGCUGUAUGCAAGAAAAUAGGGCAUUUCAAAGAGCUAUGUUUUGAAUUAAAAUUUGUAUUCUUGUUUAUUAAGCUUAUUUUUAAACAGAAAUUUUCAGAGCUAUUGUUCUUAGCAUUAACCUAUUUUUAAAGAAAACUUUUUGCUAAUGACUGUUUUUUCCCUCUAAGUUUACACUAACAUCUGCCCAAGACAGACUGUUAUUCAACAGUCUGUUUCAGUUCACCUAACAUAUUAAUGCCUUUGUAACUCUCUUCUUUGACCUUUGUUUUCCGAUCACAACUAUGCAAUUGGUACAUGGUAAUUUAAGAAGAAACUUUCUAUUUCCAUAACAAAUCACUGUUUGACAUAAUCAGUGCUUGGUAGGAUUAAAAUAUAAAAGCAUAGUUAACUCAUUGGCUGCUAGCUAACACUGAAUAAUUUCCUUCUGCAGAUCUAAUUAAGAAAUAGCAAAAGGAAACCCUAUGCUUUUGAAAUACCAAUUCAAAUUUGUGAAUUAGUUUUCCUCUGGAGGAAAAGUAAAAGUUUGAUAGAAAUUUUAAGUAUUCCCAAAGAUCUGAAGGGAAUAAAGUACUGCUGGAUUUUUUUUUUUAAGGUGGUGCCAAAAAUGAAUGUCUCUGUGUCAUAUAUUUAUAUUACCAAUACAUUCUAUUUAUGUUUAUUUUGGUCUUUUGAAUAUUUAAUAUAUUGUUAAGUAGGUUUUAAAUCUUGGUAUUUGCUUUUGCAAAUAGCUAUUCAAAACUGUCUUCCUAAUUGGUUAAUAAGUAAAAAAUAUCAAACUGUCUAGAGUACUUACCUAAUUGAAAAUUAAAAAGUAGAACAGCAAAUAAUGGGUCAGUAUGAAUGUAUAUACAGUUUAACUACAGUGUAACAAAAGUUAAAAUAAUUUAGGCAGAUGCAUAAUCAGUGUCUUAUGUAUCUUAGAAACUGACCUUAAAAUCAUACUGAAAACCAACUAACUUGUGUACUUGUAAUUGUGAAGGACAAUAACUACAGAAAAACUAAAAAAAAUUAAAAUAAAAAAAAAAGAAUGCUUAUCUUGGAAUUCUGGUUCUUAGUUUAGAGAUUUUUCAAGUCAUGUAGGAAACUGAGUUUAGUGAUGCAGUUUUGAUGCUUCAAGAAUAAGCAUUCUUUCCAUGUAUUUUCUCUUGAUAAAGAAAUUACAGAAACAUUUCACACCAAUACUCUUUGGCUUAAAAUUGUUCAGCAGAAAUGGGGAAGAGUGUACUUCUGUUAGAUUAAUAAUAUAUGCAUCUGAUACACUGAAUCUUCCUUUAGAGGUAAGACUUUAAUAGCGACACUGUAAAUUAUACAACUUGGUUUAUUUGGCACUACUGUAAGUUCUGCUUUUACACAAAGCUCUUUGCUUAUUAUAAAGCAAAAUAAAAACUAGUUUCUUGUAUGAUUUUUUUUUUUACUCAGACACUCCCUAAUUAAACUGCCAAAAAUUAAAGUGCAAUAUUGUUUAUUUUUAAGAGCAAAUUUUAAAUAGAAUGUUGAUGUUUCUCGGAUCACAAGAAAUAUAAAUCGUAUAUAAUAUAAUAAAAACUAGCAAAAAGAUUAAUGAUCAUCUAAUGCUUGCCAUUAUUUUGAAUUAAAAUUGGUAAUUGUUACAGUAGUCAUUCCAAACAUGAAUUAUUUAUAUGUGUGCGGGUGAGAAGCAUAAACUUUUAACUAGAUAUUUGGACACACAUAGAAAUUACUAAUCAUAGGCUGGCAUGUUUAAUAUUCAGGGAACAAAAUCUCUUCCAAGUAUUUAUCUUAUUUCUCAUAGUAUCCUAAGUCUUUUAGAAAAAUGUAUGCGCUUUGAAUAGUUGACCAUUUAAUGUUAAUUGCCAAAAUAAACUCAAAAGUAUAAGUGAAGAAUCCCUGAACAUUCUUCAUGUUACACAUACCUCUGAUUUUAUUGCAUAUGGUACAGUGUAGGGCUUCCCAGCCAUUGUCAUGUCACAGAACACACUGAAGAUUUCAAAAUUGGCACACCUGGAGAGAGGUGCCAAGUGAUGUAGAUAUUGGCAGUAGGUGCUUUGCUCAAAAUUUUUCUAUGCCAAAAUAAUUUUUGAACGUAAGAGUCUAUAGGCACUGUUUGGAUAUAAUUUCAGCAAUGGCAAAUGCUUGAAAGAUGAUUGAAAUAUUUGAAAUAUUUAUUACUAUAAAAUUUUAUCACUAAAAAUUUACCAUUACCAAUAUAUUUUUUUUCUUUUUUUAAAUUGAAGUAUAGUCAGUUUACAAUGUUGUGUUAAUUUCUGGUGUACAGCAUAAUGCUUCAGUCAUACAUGAACAUACAUAUAUUUGUUUUCAUGUUCUUUUCACCAGUUACUGCAAGAUAUUGAAUAUAGUUCCUUGUGCUAUACAAUAUGAACUUGUGGUUUAUCUAUUUUAUAUAUAUUAGUAUCUGCGACUCUCAAACUCCCAAUUUGUCUCUUCCCCACCCCUUUUCCCCCUCUCUGCCCCCAGUAACCGUAAGUUUGUUUUCUGUCUGUGAGUCUGAUUGUUUUGUAAAUAAGUUCAUUUGUCUUUAUUUUUUAGAUUCUACAUAUCAGUGAUAAUCAUAUGGUAUUUUUCUUUCUCUUUCUGGCUUAACUUCACUUAGAAUGACGAUCUCCAGGUCCAUCGAUGUUGCGGCAAAUGGCAUUAUUUUAUUCUUUUUUAUGGUUGAGUAGUGUUCCAUUGUAUAAAUAUACCACAACUUCUUUAUCCAGUUAUCAGUUGGAUGUUAGGAUGUUUCUAUGUGUUGGCUAUUGUAAAUAGUGCUGCUGUGAACACUGGGGUGGAUGUAUCUUUUUGAAUUAAAGUUCCCUCUGGAUAUAUGUCCAGGAGUGGGGUUGCUGGAUUA